AUGUCCACCCCAAGCACGCGCCUCACAUUCCUCUAUCCGCACUUCUUUCGCGCCGCUCGCCUCUCUGAAUCCUCCGGCGCUGCUCCCUCAAUCCUCCUCCACGGCCGAACGCGGACAUGGACACCGCAGCUGCCAUUCAAGGCAAGCCGUAAGGGUAGAGGUGGCAGUGGCUGUGGCAACGGCGUUAUUGGGAGAAGGGGCAGGUCAUUAUUUACGGCGGCAAGGCGACGACAGGAGCGCUUCGUGCAGCGCCAUGGGAAAGCUGUUGAGCCGUUCUUGGCGGAUGGCGAGCGUAGUGAUGGGGUGAAGGUUUACACACCGGAGGCGGUGGGGGAGAGCAAUGAUGGGAAGGAUGGGAAGGUGGUGCUGAAGAAUGCUUUGGAGCUGGAGAAAGAGGUUGGGGGAAAGGGGAAAGGGAAAGGGAAAGGGAAAGGGACAGAGAGAGUGGAGCCCUUGUCGGAGGAGACGCAGGCUGCGGCGAGGGCGCCGAGCGAGGAGGGCGUUUCGCUUCCUGGUGGUGGUGCGCAAGCCAAGGUGGAUGAGAGAGAAGGCAAAGGGGGCGAUGUGCAAGGGAAAGAGAAGGGAACGGGAGAGCAGCAAGGUCCGACCGAUACCGUGCUCCACAUGCCGCCUCCUGAGACUGUGGAGGAGGAGAAUGCAGGGAAGCCGCCGCAUUUGCAGACGCCGCCGUACGUUCACCAUUUCGACACGUAUACCCUAGUGCAGCAGGUUGAGGCGGGGGGGUUCACGGAAGCGCAGAGUGUGACGGCUAUGAAGGCCGUUAGGGGCUUGCUGGCGUUGAAUCUGGAGAUGGCGAGACGGGGACUGGUUAGCAAGAGUGAUGUUGAGAAUGAGACGUAUCUCUUCCGAGCAGCGUGCUCGGAGCUCAAAACCGAGAUCCAGAAUACGCGCAAGAAAGACGAGGAGACGAUGAGAAGGGAAAGAACAUUACUGCAGCACGAAGUGGAUAUUUUGAACCAGAAGCUCACGCAGGAGCUGCUAACGCUGAAGGAUGAUUUGAAGGGCAUGUUUGACGAUCGCAAGAUGUCUGUCCGAUCAGAGCAGAGGACUAUGGAUAGCAAGGAACCCAAGAUCCAAGAGCUCAACUACAAGAUCACCGUCCUGCUCAACAGCGACAGCAAGUCCGAGAUUGAGGGACUCCGCUGGGUCCUCACCCGCCGCUCCGUCAUGGGCAUCCUGUUUAUGGCGUUCAUGGUGCUCACCUCGCUCAGGUAUGCGAGCUACAAGAGCCAUGAGGACGAGAUGCGAAUGAAGAAGAAAGAGGAGGUGGUGGCAAAAGGGGGAGUGGGCGGGCCGGAGGGGGAUUUGCCGGUGCAGGUCAGUGCAGCAGAGAUAUUGACUGCGAAUUAG